AUCUAACCUAGUCUUAGAAUUUUGAAAACGAGGUAAUUCUUUAUAGCAAAGCUCACGGAAUCCAACAUACUACCAUCGCCGUCUGCGCUAACCCAAUUAUGAGUUAUUCGGGUCGAAUUGAUAGGACCCGGAAUCGAACACCGAACCCUCGUAGUCUCGCAUUCCGUAACUGAAAGCACCGCCCUACACUAUUACAAACCAUUUCGCACUUUCAAUUCCCCUUCUCUCACACUCUCCCAUCACCACCAUGUCCACCGCCAAAUCCCGCAACUUCCGCCGCCGCGCCGGCGACACCGAAGGCAACGACGACGACGCCAACUCCUCCGCCACCACCCUCCCGUCCAAGCCCUCUUCCUCCGCCAAGCCCAAGAAGCCCCAAGCCCCCAAACUCCUCAGCUUCGCCGACGACGAAGAAAACGAAGCCCCUCGCCCACGCGCCUCUAAACCCCAACGUUCCGCCACCGCCAAACCCUCCUCUUCUCAUAAAAUUACCACUCUUAAAGACCGAAUCGCACAUUCCUCUUCUCCUUCCUUCCCUUCCAACGUUCAACCCCAAGCCGGAACGUACACCAAAGAAGCACUCCGCGAGCUCCAGAAAAAUACCCGAACCUUGGUCACUAGCAGCUCCUCUCGCCCCUCUGUUGCUUCCUCUGAUCCCAAACCCUCCUCCGAACCUGUCAUCAUCUUAAAGGGCCUCGUCAAACCCUUAGCUUCCGAGCCUCAGGGUCGGGAAUCCGAUUCUGAAGGGGAGCACAAAGAAGUUGAAGCUAAAUUGGCUACUGUAGGAAUUCAGAAUGGGAAAGAAUCCCUUUUCCCCGAUGAAGAGACCAUUAGAGCUAUCAGGGCCAAGCGGGAGCGCCUCCGGCAGGCACGCCCCGCUGCGCCGGAUUACAUAUCGUUGGAUGGCGGAAGCAAUCACGGUGCCGCGGAGGGGCUCAGCGAUGAGGAGCCCGAGUUUCGGGGUCGGAUUGCGAUGUUUGGGGAUAAAGUGGAGGGUGGGAAGAAGGGUGUUUUUGAGGAUGUGGAGGAGAGGAGAGUGGAUGUGAGGUUCAAGGGUGGAGAGGAUGAGGUGGAUGAUGAUGAUGAAGAGGAGAAGAUGUGGGAAGAAGAGCAAUUUAGGAAAGGAUUGGGGAAGAGAAUGGAUGAAGGGUCUGCUAGGGUUGAUGUUCCUGUUGUGCAAGGUGCUCAACAACACAAGUUUGUCGUUCCCUCUGCAGGGAAUGUGUAUGGUGCAGUUCCAAGUGCACCAGCAGGAGCAGCAUCAGUGAGUCCCAGCAUUGGAGGAUCAAUUGAAUCCUUACCGGUUUUGAAUGUCAUGCCUAUAUCUCAACAGGCCGAGAUCGCAAAAAAAGCUUUGCUAGAGAAUGUGAGGAGGCUUAAGGAAUCUCAUGGAAGAACAAUGUCAUCGUUGACUAAAACUGAUGAAAAUUUGUCUUCCUCCCUUUUGAACAUUACUGCUCUUGAAAACUCUUUAGUGGUAGCUGAUGAGAAGUACAGGUUCAUGCAAAAACUCCGAAACUAUGUCACAAAUAUAUGUGACUUUUUACAGCAUAAAGCUUUUUACAUUGAAGAACUUGAAGAACAGAUGAAGAAACUUCAUGAAGAUCGUGCAUCAGCCAAUUUUGAAAGAAGAGCUGCUAACAAUGAUGAUGAAAUGGUUGAGGUAGAAGCAGCUGUCAAAGCUGCAAUGUCAGUUUUAGGCAAGAAAGGUAACAAUAUGGAAGCUGCAAAGAGUGCAGCUCAGGAAGCAUAUGCUGCUUUAAGAAAACAGAGAGAUCUGCCGGUGAAGUUAGAUGAAUUUGGUAGAGAUUUAAAUCUUGAGAAACGGAUGAAAAUGAAAGUGAGGGCAGAGGCUCGUCAGCGCAAGAGGUCACAAGCUUUUGAUUCUAAUAAACUGUCAUCCAUGGAAUUGGAUGAUCCUAAAAUAGAGGGUGAAUCAAGCACUGAUGAGAGUGACAGUGAGAGCCAAGCAUAUCAGUCACAACGUGAUCUAGUGCUGCAGGCUGCUGAUGAGAUUUUCAGUGAUGCAUCUGAGGAAUAUGGUCAAUUAUCCUUAGUCAAAAGAAGAAUUGAAGAAUGGAAAAGAGAGUAUUCAUCAAGCUAUAAAGAUGCUUAUAUGUCAUUAAGUCUUCCACUGAUCUUCUCUCCAUAUGUAAGAUUGGAACUCCUGAGGUGGGACCCACUUCACAAGGGUGUAGAUUUUCAAGAGAUGAAAUGGUAUAAGUUGUUGUUCACUUAUGGUUUUCCUGAAGACGGAAAAGAUUUUGUUCCUGAUGAUGGAGAUGUUGACCUUGAACUUGUCCCAAACUUGGUGGAAAAGGUUGCACUUCCUAUUCUGCAUUAUGAAAUUUCCCAUUGCUGGGACAUGCUUAGUCAACAGGAAACAGUGAAUGCUAUUACUGCUACAAAAUUGAUCGUGCAACAUGUUUCUCAUGAAAGUGAAGCUCUUGCGGAUCUGCUAGUUUCAAUUCGAACACGCCUGGCUGAUGCUGUUGCUAAUCUUACAGUUCCAACAUGGAGUCCACUAGUACUGGCUGCUGUUCCUGAUGCAGCACGAGUUGCAGCAUAUCGAUUUGGCAUGUCUGUUCGAUUAUUGAGAAAUAUUUGUUUGUGGAAGGACAUAUUUUCAAUGUCAGUGUUAGAGAAGCUUGCUUUAGAUGAGCUUUUAUGUGGAAAAGUUCUUCCUCACUUUAGAAGCAUAUCAGAAAAUGUUCAUGAUGCUAUAACAAGAACAGAACGGAUUAUUGCUUCCCUAUCUGGAGUGUGGGCUGGCCCAAGUGUCGUCGGAGACAGAAAUCGCAAGUUGCAGCCUCUGGUGACUUAUGUGCUGUCACUUGGAAGGAUUUUGGAGAGAAGAUAUGUGCCAGAGAAUGACACAAGUCAUCUAGCUCGUCGAUUAAAGAAAAUACUUGUUGACCUCAAUGAAUAUGAUCAUGCUAGGAACAUGUCUAGAAACUUCCAUCUCAAGGAGGCAUUGUGAAGGGAAUUCAUGUUUCAUUAUGCAUGGGCUCUUGGUUUGUCAGGGAAUCUGGCACUUAGUUAACCCUUCUCAGGUGCAAUUAUAGAUAGCUUUUUGACCUUUGCACAAGUCUUCAUCCGGAGUAUGCUUUAUGACUGCUUUUUGACCUUUAAAUCCUGUGGAGGCAUCUCUCUCCCAAAGUAGGGUGGAUGUGGACUCGCUGGAACAUUCAGAACUAAUUGGGGACUUCUAUUGUUCCGUCUAUACGAUGCAUUGGGAAAGUCUGCUGGGAACCAUAUAAUGGGCAUUUGCCAUCUUUUUGGGUGUUUCUUAAAUCUGACCGGCUGCUUUUUUUCUUGAACAUUGCUUAUGCUAGGGUUCCUGGAGAACAAGCAUUGUAAAAUUUUUCCGUACUCCUGUGAUUAUAGAUAGAUUAUAGCUGUACUGAUAUGAAAUAACUUUCCAUAAAGUCUCUGUUCUAAUGUUAUUUUUGGUAAAUUUGAGUGGACUUUAUGGAGGUAUUUGUAUUAUCAUUUUAAACACAAAUUAUGUGGGGAUAUGUAGUUUCAUUUGCUAAAUUCUCAUCAUCUUAGUGUUAACGGCGUUCCUAAAAAGUUAACAGCAAAAUGCAAGUUUUGGAUCAGAUAUAAAGAGAUCCUACGUGGCCUCCGGUCCCUUGCUCGUGGAGAAAUGCUAAGAGAAUGGGAGAUUAAAUUCUUGUCCUACCGACCUCAUCAUUAGGCCUUAAGCCUGUAGUCUAGGUCACAAAGGCCCAACUUUUCACUAAGGCAGUUUUAUAUCACCAUAUAGUGUAUGAUUUGUU